UAUAGCACAGAAAGGGCUAAGAUGAGUCUCUCAGCUAAGGACAAGGCCAUUGUGAGGGGUUUUUGGGCUAAGGCUGCCACGAAGGCGGAGGAUAUCGGCUCCGAGGCUCUGUCCAGAAUGCUGGCUGUCUACCCCCAGACCAAGACCUACUUCUCUCACUGGAAAGACCUGAGACCCGGCUCCGCUCCAGUGAAGAAGCACGGCAAGGUCAUCAUGGGCGGAGUCAACGAGGCUGUUGAGAAGAUGGACGACCUUGUCGGUGGCCUGUUAACCCUGAGCGAGCUGCACGCUUUCCAGCUGCGAAUCGAUCCUGCCAAUUUCAAGAUCCUGUCCCACAACAUCCUCGUGGUGAUGGCCAUGCUCUUCCCCUCUGACUUCACCCCUGAGGUUCACGUGUCCAUGGACAAAUUCCUCAGCGCUGUCUCCUUGGCUCUGUCUGAAAAAUACCGAUAAGCCGUAGAGUCGCUGCAGAGAGGUGGGCGAGGACGUCAGGAAAUACCAUUCAUGCCCUGUCUUUUAA